AUGUGCUUCAAGUGCGGUCUGUGCCAGAAGUUGCUGGACUCCACCAACUGCUCAGAACACGAAGGUGAACUGUUCUGUAAAAUGUGCCAUGCACGUAAAUUCGGACCAAAAGGCUACGGUUUCGGCGGUGGUGCUGGCUGCCUGUCCAUGGACGCUGGCGAGCACUUGAAGGCAGAGAAUGCGGGUGUAAGAACGAAUGGAGCUUGUCUGGAGUCUCGUUCUAUUGCCAAGGCGCCCCCCGGUGAAGGAUGCCCACGAUGCGGCGGAUGUGUGUAUGCUGCCGAGCAGAUGUUAGCUAGAGGAAAGGCGUGGCACAGGGAGUGCUUCAAAUGCGGUCACUGCUUUAAACGACUGGACUCCACAAACUGUUGCGAGGGCCCUGACAAAGACAUUUACUGCAAAGUAUGUUAUGCGAAGAAGUUUGGUCCUAAGGGAUAUGGUUACGGAAAAGGAGCUGGUGUCUUGCAGAGUGACCCUUACGCCAAUGGUGAACAGGCACCUAAGACAACGGUAAUUGAUACAGCCUCUAUCCAGGCCCCACCAGGCAAAGGUUGCCCUCGUUGUGGUGGCGUUGUAUUCGCCGCUGAGCAAGUCCUUGCUAAGAGCCGUGAAUGGCAUCGCAAAUGUUUCAAGUGCCGUGACUGCACUAAAACCUUGGACUCCAUUAUCGCUUGCGACGGGCCAGACUCUGACGUCUACUGUAAGACCUGUUACGGCAAGAAAUGGGGACCUCACGGUUACGGAUUUGCUUGCGGCUCUGGCUUCCUUCAGACUGAUGGUUUAACUGAGGAUGAGAUCUCUGCCAGCCGUCCCUAUUAUAACUCCGAUACUACUUCCAUCAAGGCGCCAAAGGGUCAAGGUUGCCCUCGUUGUGGCGGUAUGGUCUUUGCUGCUGAGCAACAACUUGCCAAGGGCACCAUGUGGCACAAGCAAUGCUUCAACUGCGCCGAAUGCCACCGCCCAUUGGACUCAAUGCUGGCAUGCGACGGUCCUGACAAGGAAGUUCAUUGCCGCUCUUGUUAUGCUAAGCUCUUUGGACCCAAAGGAUUCGGUUAUGGCCACGCCCCCACCCUUGUAUCCACUGAUGCUGAACCUUCCAUAACUUACAAUGAACAGCUUCCUUUCACUGGUCAAAAAGCAGCCAAAGGCCAGGGUUGCCCACGCUGUGGAUUCCCAGUAUAUGCUGCUGAACAAAUGCACUCCAAGAAUGGCACAUGGCACAAGCGAUGCUUCUCAUGUGCAGACUGCCACAAAUCUCUUGAUUCUACUAACUUAAAUGAUGGACCUAAUGGAGAAAUAUAUUGCCGAAGUUGUUAUGGAAGGAACUAUGGUCCUAAAGGCGUAGGAUUCGGUAUGGGUGCAGGCACAUUGACCAUGGCAUAA